UGAGACAGUAGUAUUUGCGAAUUUCAUCCUGACCUUGUGACCUGUCUGCAAUUGAGGCUAUUGCGCAUGUGCAACACUUUUACCUGCUCAACCUACACGUGCGCUCAGCUGUCGCCAUGAACCACUCCUUUUCUCCAAACCUGGUUCGACCUAACCUGCCUUUGAGGAAACCUUCAACGAGCCCUAUGGCUGUUGCCACCGCUUCGUCUCCUUCGAGACAUCUCAUCAUGCCCUUUUCAACACCUGUGCUCCCCGCGUCUGGUGCCACUGGAGACGGUCUUGUCCAACCACCAAUAACCAGGGAUAAAGCAACAAUGUUAGGAACCACACCACCAGCACUGACUGUAUACUUCUGCAACUUCUGUGGUCAACAAGGAAAUCUUCGGUGCAAGCGCUGCAAGAAGACGCCUUACUGCUCCGUGUUGUGCCAGACCGAAGACUGGAUAGCACACAGACAUAUGUGCAAAUCUCCUGAUCCAGAACCUGCAAAAGAGAAACCAAAGGAAACCACAGUUUUGCCAAUGACAGGAGACAGAGCUGGCCAAUUGGAGAUAAAGCCUGCAGCAGAUACAUCCAGCCUCCAAAGGGUCUAUUUGAAAGACUUGCAAAUGACUAAAAUGAUUCAGGGAACAGACAUCCAGGCAUCCAUUGUAGAGUUAUACAGCCCUGGCAGGUUUUUCCUCAUAGCCCAAAGCCCUGAGAUGCUAGAAGCUCUGCAUGGCAUCAGCACAGAGCUUCAGAAAACUUACAGCUGCUCUUCAGCAACAACAUACGUACCCUGUGUCGGGGAGGUUUGUGGAGUACAGUUUUCCUGUGAUCUGAACUGGUACAGAGGCCUGGUCCAAACCUUUUCUGCUGACCAGAAGACUGCUAAUAUCCUUUAUAUUGACUUUGGCAAUGAAGAGGAUGUCCCUGUGGAUAGGAUUAGACCCCUGGCUGCUAAUAUCCAGCGAUCUUGUCCAUGUGCAAUGGAGUGCAGAAUCGCUGGGGUGGUGCCACUGGAUGGCAACUGGACAGGCGAAUGCUGUAUUGCAGUCAGACAGCUGGUGGCUGGCAAGACUGUGACUGUUAAGCUGAUAGAAACACUGGAGAAUGGUCGCAUCCAUGUUGUGGAUAUCCUGCUUUCCAUGGGAAAGCAAUUGAGCACAUUCCUCCUUGAGCAUGGUUAUGCCACAAAGGAAAUAGUCAAUGCAACACCGACUAAACAAGAAAUACGCGCCAUGAUGAGUGUAUCAUUGGAAAAUUUUAAGCGUCACUCCAGUGGGAAAGAUGACAACACCUGGGCUCAGCCUCCAGAGCCUCUGACACAGGCAGUGGGGGACUCCUUCUCUGUUGUGGUCACCCACUUCCAAUCACCCAGUGAAAUUAUCGUACAGAAGGUGGAAAAUGCUGGAGUGAUUCAGGAGUUGCAGUUGAACCUGAGGGAACACUGCUGUCGUGUCCCAGCCCCCCAGAACUUCAGACCAGCACCUGGUACUGUUUGCUGUUCUAAGUUCUCAGAGGACAAGCAGUGGUACAGGGCCAAAGUUCUGGCUUAUUCAUCAGAGGAACGCGUCUGUGUUGGCUACCUUGAUUUUGGCAACUCUGAGGAGGUGGAUUUGGGUCACCUGCGGCCUAUCACCACUUCAUUACUGGCCCUGCCAAUGCAGGCUAUGCCUUGUGGUCUAGCAGGGGUGCAGCCUGUUGGGGAGAGGUGGUCAGAAGACUGCCUGUUGGCCCUGCAGCGAAGAGUAUCCAACAGAAUACUGCGCAUUGAGAUCCAGGGAGCUCAUGAGGGCAAGGUUUUGGUGGCCAUGAUUGAUGAGGGCAGCGACCCUCAGGCCAAUGUAGCCGAGCUGCUGAUUUCUGCUGAUUACGCUAGACCCGCUGCUGUUCCUACCAGUAGUGACCAGCAGGUUGACCAGACAGUAACUCCUGCUGCUGAACCACAAGUGCCUACCCCAGCUGGUGAGCCUCUGGUGUGGUCUUUUGCUGAGAUUCCCUGUGAUGGCCAGACAGUGGCACUGCUAGCCAGUGUGGUGGAGAACCCUGGAGAGUUCUACUGCCGCAUUGACAAUCCUACAGACCAUCAGCGGCUGAUAGAGCUUGGGGCUGAGUUGAAGCAGCAUUGUGAGGCAGAUAACUCACCUUUUGAGCCCAAAGUGGAAGAGCCCUGUUGUGCCAUGUAUCCUGGUGAUGGAGCGUGGUAUCGGGCUUUGGUGAAGGAACUGUGUGAGAACCGGGUGGCUGUAAACAUUGUGGACUAUGGUUUCAACAUGAAAGUAGAAAAGCACCAUCUUAGAUCCAUUACACCCCGACUCCUGACUCUACCCUUUCAGGCAGUUUGCUGCUGGCUCUCAGGUGUGGAGCCCCUGGGUUCAGAGUGGAGCAGUGAAGCCCUGCUUUGGUUCCAGGCUCUGGUGGAUGGCGAGCAGCUCUCUGCAUGUGUCCUUUCUGUCACUAAACAGGGCUAUUGUGUGGAGCUGGAGAGCAGAGGGCAGAAUGUGGCUGCUGCCCUAAUUUCUGAGCAACUAGCCAAAGUUCCUGGGGAGAUUCAUAAAGAGACGCGUGCAACCACAGGCUCUGCAGCCAAAUCCCAAGAGAGCACAAAGGAAAAUGAGAACAAUCAAAUACAUGCACAAGACUCCAACCAGACCGGAGCCACUUCCAAAGAGACACCAACUGAAUGCCGGACCGCAUUGCCAUCAGAAGUCCCAUCUUUCCCAGUAGACUGGAAGGCAGUGGAGUUGCCUCCCAGUGAGACCUUUAAGCCGUACGUUGCAGCCGUCACUAGUCCUUCCCUCUUCUACGUGCUUGGUCCCAGCCAGGUAGAUCAGCAGAAGCUUCAGGAGUUGAUGAUGCAGGUGGCUGCCUACUGCAGCAACAACCAGGCCUCUUUAUCCUCUGCUGUCCUGAGUAGACCAGUUCCUGGGGCUGCCUGCUGUGCCCAGUUCUCUGCCGACAAUAACUGGUACCGUGCAGUGGUCCUGGAAGUCGGUGAGAAUGAGAUGAGUGUAGUCUAUGCAGAUUACUGCAACACUGAAAAGGUGCCAUUCUCUCGAAUCUUGCCCAUCCCCAAACAACUGCUGGAGCUCCCCUUUCAGAUCACUCGCUGCACCCUCACUGGUAAGGAGCACUUUCCCGCUGAAUGGCCAGAGGAAGUGCAGCAGAUGUUUCAAACUAUCCUGUUGAAUGGUGUCCUGGCCACUGUCCAGGCCUUCGAUGGCUCUGCUAACAUGCUCUCACUCACUCUGCCCACUGAGAAGGGAGGGGGGGACCUCACUGCCAUGAUAGUGGAUUCACUACAGGUCCGGACCAAGAGUAAUUCUUGCCCAGCCACCUGCCAGAGGGCUGACCAAACUGAUAGCAGCACACCUACUGCCAGCACAACAGCUGCACCUGACUGCCCACAGCCCAAGUCGAUACCUGAAACCCAAAAGGAGCUGGAACAUGAAACAGCUACCACAGACCUAACCAUAACUGAGCCAACACCCUGGACUCCCCAGCAGAAUAAAAACAUUUCUGCAGAGUCUGUCAUUGUCGAUCCAGUGCAGAAGAUUAUUGCACAAAUGGAGCCACCAUGCACAGUUAAUGCAGAAACUAAAGCUCCUCAGACUUCGCACUGCUGCUGUCUGAGCCUGAAGACUAAGAUUGAUCAACUGGAAAAGCUGAUGCAGCUGCAGCUCACUCUCAUCAAGCUGUUAGUUGGAGAGUCUAAAUAAGAUUCAUCACAUGCCUAACUUUACAAUCCUGUUUGCCAACUUGUUGAAAUCAAGGUUGCGUUUUUGUUGAAGACACUGUAAAAAAUUACCCUCUUGCUUUUAAUUUUAAUUUUGCGUCUUUAUCAUUGAUACCAUGCAUUCUUUUCAGGACAUUUCUGUUUUUAAUCUGUAGUUAUAUUCCAGUUACCUUUUUUUAGGCUUUAAUAUUUUUGGAGGUUUUCUGAAACCUCAUGCAUAAAAGUUGGCAGAAAUAUCAGCAACACAAGAUGUUCAACUUCAAUUAUCCAAGUGUGUAUUUGUCUCCUGUAAGAGUGCUGUAGCGCAUGCUGUGCUGCCAUCUGUUCCUUUGUUCAGUCCUAAUCACCUGCUCAGGUGGGAUGUUCAGCCUGAUUGAUUUAUGUUUGACAUGUGUUUCAGUCUUGACAUAAAAGUUCUUUGAUGAAAAAGACCAAAUGAA